CGCCACCAAAUGGGUUGUUGAUUAUAUUUAAAUAUAUCCCAAAAAAUAUUGUUCUACUCUCCAUUUCUAGGGUUCUUCAAUUCUUAGUUGGUGUCUCUGAUUCAAGACUGAUCUUCACUUUUACUUUCUAGGGCUUACAAAAAAAAUGUUCUCAACUCUAUAUAUUUGUCUUCAAUUCAUUUAAUUUCCUCCCUCAUAUAGCUACUACUAGAUCAGAUCAAUUUAGUUCAAUUGAGAUAGAUCGGAGUACGUAGCUAGGUGGUGACUAUAUACCCGAGCCCGUUGAUAAUACGUAAAUAUAUAUAUAUCGAUGGAAACGGAUCAUCAAGAGUCGUGUGUCGUACCACCGGGUUUUCGAUUCCAUCCCACGGAUGAAGAGCUAGUGGGAUACUAUCUACGGAAGAAGGUGGCAUCCCAGAAGAUCGAUCUCGAAGUCAUUAGGGACAUCGAUCUAUACCGGAUCGAGCCCUGGGAUCUCCAAGAAAAAUGUGGGAUAGGGUAUGAGGAGCAGAACGAGUGGUACUUCUUCAGUCACAAGGACAAGAAGUACCCGACGGGGACGAGGACGAACAGGGCGACGAUGGCCGGAUUCUGGAAGGCGACGGGGAGGGACAAGGCGGUUUACGACAAGUCCAGACUCAUAGGGAUGAGGAAAACACUGGUUUUCUACAGAGGCCGGGCUCCUAAUGGCCAGAAAUCCGAUUGGAUCAUGCAUGAAUACAGACUCGAAUCUGACGAGAAUGCCCCUCCUCAGGAGGAAGGAUGGGUGGUGUGCAGGGCAUUCAAGAAACGAAUCACCGGACAAUUAGCAAAGACUAAUCACUUUGCCUGGGAAUCCAACUACUGUUAUAAUUACGACCAUCAUCAGCAACCAAACAUCAUUAACAAUGCUAAUUUCAUGGGAAUUGUCGGCAAUAAUAAUAUUAAUAACAACAAUAAUCCAGACACUAGCAACAGUUUCAUGGCCGCCGCCGAAUCAUUUCUCUCCAAGCAAGAGCUAGCGGAGGCGGCGGCGGCGGCAUCGGUCAUGCACCACCGCUCAUCCGACGACCGUCACAACCUAUUCACCAAUCGCCUCCCGCAGCUGCAGAGCCCGUCCCUCGUCCCGCCACCUUUCCGGCAAGAAAGCCGACGCGACGACGAAUUAGACGGCGGUGGCAAGAAGGCGUCGGUGAGGGACUGGAGGGCGCUCGACAAGUUCGUCGCCUCACAGUUGAGCCACGACGAUAACUAUAGCAGCUAUGGUAGGGAGGAGGAAGACGACAACGGCGGCCGCGACAUGGCGGGAUUGUUGCUGUUGCAGAGGGAGGAGGGCGGUGGCGCCGCCGCUGCCGGGAGCAGCAAGUUGUUGAAUGACUUGUUGAGUUCAUCGUCAAGAGGAGGAAGUGAGGGGGAUGAGAGUAAUAACAUUAGUAUCUUCUUAUUUGAUGGGUAAUUUCUACUCCAUAUUUCAUUUUAUUAUGAAUUUAUUCCAUACGUAUUAUUUAUGUUCCACGUCUUUAAAUCCGACCAGUUGACAAAAAGAAAGAAAAAAUUUGAUCAUGAUAUAAAGACGUGGAACAUUU